AUGGAUCCCGCAAUCAUUUCUGCGCAGCCUUUGAUAGGGGCAGGCGCUCAGCCACCACUACAACAACCAUUAUCACAAUCAGCACCGGAAACAACGCCAUACUCAAGCUCUUCAUCUUCCAGUACCCAGCAGGAUAUAACACUGUUUAACGCGGAUGACAAGGACUACGAGUUGCCGGUAAACUCACUUAACCCAACAAGGAAAAACUUUGUGUAUACGAUUGAGGAGCUGCAGUUCUUGCGAAACUCUCCUCUAGUAGCUGUUCCAGCAUCUUUGCGUCUGCCCGACAUUACAGCUACGUCGUCAUACUCGCGUAUAGACGGGGCAUUUAAUCAACAAAUUCGAUCAAGCGACUUUUUCAAGUAUAAACCAGAUGCUCCCAAGCCACGGUCAAAUAGCGAUCAUGGAUCAGCGGCAUCUGCACCAGCUGCAUUGUCAUCUUCGUCAUCGCAGCUGUAUGUUCGACCAAAUCGACGAAACCACGACGCGAAUGGCACCAACAGCACUGUUCCUGGAGCGCCACCAGGCAUUUUGCCUGGCGGAUCAACUUUGGCAUCAUCGGCGAAUGGACGAAGCAAAACGCGAAACUCGAGCGGCGAAGGUGAACGAAGAGAUUUUCUUGACAAGUUUGAGCUCCUUGGUCGGGAGCGACGAGGUGAGUCGACGUCAUCGUACAAGUUACAGGAAGAGACUUUGGAGGCCGACUGGGAGAUACCAACUGAUUUUGCUGGAGGGGAGAUACCGCAGUCCAAUAGUGCUAUUCAAGAGUUUGAAGAAUGGAAGCAGAAGAUGCGCAAGAAUCAAUCUGGGUCUUCUACAGGUGGUGCUAGCGGUGUUAGCAAUAUUACGACUACAAAUACAACAUCAGUUUCUGCUCCUGCAAUUGGUGAGGAGUCUCGCAGUAGGAUGUUUGAUAGCGACCGGAUGCGACAACCUGCGAUGGAGAAGCCGACACGGGCGGUUGAUUUUAUGUUUAGGUACGAAGAGGCGAUGCACUCUCCUAGCGGUGGAGGUGGUAGCGCGUCUCUGGCAGGGUUUGGGCGGUCGUCCAAGUUUUCUAGUUUUUUCCGUGCAGAAGAGCACAGUACAAGCUUUGAAAUGCAAUCUCCAACAACUCCACGGUUCGCCAAUAUGAAUACUGUGGAGGAUAAUAGUGAUGCAGAAGGGUUGAAGCGAAUCAUGGCAAUGCUUGGGGAUGCUAGCGGAGAGGUUCAGCAGCAGCAGCAGCAGCAGCAGCAGCAGCAACAGCAACAGCAGCAACAGCCGCAACAGCCGCAGCAACAGCCACAGCAACAACAGCAGCAGCCUCAACAGAACGCGCCGGCAAAGGAAGAGUCUUCUAAUGAUGACAUGUUUUUCAUGAGUCUUUUAAACAAGUCUACAGGUCCAAAUGCACCACCUGGACUUGAGAAGGAAGUUAUUGGAGUGCCUGCGACUCCAAGUAUGGGGAACGUGCCAGUUAGCGGAAGUGGCAAUAGUAGUCACACUUCGCCAGUUGCUAGCCAAAGUCCAGUAUCAGAAAAGGCACGGAAACAAUCGACACCAGCAAUUGUACCUGUGGGGAUGUUGUCACCUGUUCAGGGGCACGGUGUUCUUGGGUUUAAUGGAGGGGUUGUACCGCUGCCACCGCCACCACCUGGAGCCAUUCCGCCAGAGUUUUUCCAGGGUAAUAACGGGCAGUUUAAGUUACCGACUGGAAUGCAUAUGCCACCUACAGGGGCGAUACCGUUUUCGUUACCACCGAAUAUGAUUGGGAUGCCACCACCUAAUAUGAUGGGGAUACCACCUGGAGGUCCACCACCACCUGGGAUGCAGGGGAUGCCACCAAUGCCUCCUAUGAUGAUGGGAAUGCCACCACCACCGCCUGGUAUGAUGGGACCUGGAGGGGCCAUGUCUGGGUUCCCGCCUGGCGCAAUGCCUCCACCUCCUGGAGCGAUGGGACCGAUGGGAUUUGGUCCAGGGAUGGAUGAGAUGGGAGGAGGAGGUCCUCUGGGGAUGAUGAUGGGGCCCCCUAUUCCGUUUGGAGGGAUUCCGCCACCUCCUCCAGGGAUGAUGGGGAUGCCUCCACCUCCGCCUGGGAUGAUGGGAGCUGGAGGAGGAGGAGGAGGAAAUGGGAACAAUGGUCGACGACCCAUGAUUGAAGAGUAG